UUUAUAUCAAUUACCAUUGACACUUCAAUAUUAUUUAUCAUUUGAUUUUUUAAAUCCAAAUUUUAUUCAUAUAAUAUUUGAUAAAUUAAAUAAAGUUGAUGGAAGAAUUAAACCAUCAUUUUUUGAUGAGUUACAAUUUCAUGAACACGGUUUAGAACAAAUUAAUGGACCUAAUGAAUGGGAAGAUCAAAUACCAGAAGAUAUCGAUUAUGAUAAUGAUGAUAAUGACGAUGAAGAGGAAUAUGAUAAUGAUGAUGCUGAUCUUUUUGAUGAAGAAGGUCUUUAUUCAGAUAAUCAUGAUGAAGAUGAAUGGUGA